AUGUCGCUACAGGCAAACCCAGAGCUACAGACACUGCUUGGAGUCGCAUUCGCCCAGUACAAAACGGACCAGGGGAAGAUAAAUGCCAUUGAUUCCGUGCUGCGUGCACUCACUGCGGCGGCCGACGUGCUCAAGGCAGAGCGGAACGCAAUUGCGCCAAUUCACUCGCUGCCCAACGAGCUCCUGGCAGACAUCUUCUACCAUGUUCACUCCCCGCCACUGACCUCGCUUAUCAUCGUCUGUCGUCGCUGGCAUAAAAUCGCGCAACACACGCCACGGCUCUACGACCACCUGGAGUUCGACUGGAUCAUCAAACGCGAGCGAUUCCAGCGCCAGCUGCAGCUUUCUGGCGGCGUCCCACUGGUCGUGACCAUCGGGCGCCUGGACCCCAGCAAUAGUACUAGAGCAAUUCCGCAGUUGAUGCUAAACGCAGGUCGAUUAGCGCGUCUCAAUAUCGGCGCCAGUCUGAGCGUCAUGGUGGAGCUCAUAGACAACAUCUCUCGCCAUGAUUUCCCCGCACUCUUUGACCUACAACUAUCUGUCGCGCGUAUUGGGGACGAACUGGAUGAAUCGGGAAGCAUCAAGCCCAUUCCACUCCUCCCGAGCCAAGUACUCGACAUCCGUAUUCCUCGCCUCCGCAGACUUGACUUGGCUGAUGUCGAGCCUCCCUGGACGGCCAUCCACUCGUUACAAUCGCUCAAACUGAGCGCUACUCCGCAGGUGUCACUCACGAAUCCACUCGAGUUCAACGACCUAUUACAAGUACUUUCGGCUUGUCCGGGUCUGACUUACGUUUACCUUCGACUCCCCAUUAUCAUUGCCGCCGAGCAAUACUCCUCGGUUUAUCUUCCCCAUCUGGAGUUCCUCCACAUUCAAGGCCUACCAACCGUCCGUUCUCUACAAAGGUUCCUCCUGCACGUUAUCUUUCCGGCUACAACCAGCCUCGAUGUGGACUGCCCUGGCGUGUCUUCCGGCAAUGACAUCCGCGACAUUCUCGUUCCCGUCCAUAAACGGUUGCGCACAGUCGAUGCGCCGGUUGCCCGAAGCAUCACCUUCCAACUGUCCGAGCCAUAUCCCGGCCACAUCCGCCCGCUCACGGUGUCAACCAGCACCGAGGCAAACCGCUGGAAAGAGCGUGCCCGCGCAGCCAGCCUCAUCUUCUGUAUAUCCACAUAUCCUACGACACAGCCGCACACACGCCAAGUCCUGGCAAAAAUUCUCAACGCCGUCCCAACUGCAACCAUCACGCACCUGUUUCUCGGUAACCGCUUCUUCAGCACGUACCUCUCAAAGUCCGCAUGGCGGACAGUGCUCCCUGGCCUCCCCGCGAUCGAAUGCGUCGAUCUCAACGCGGGUGAGGGGUCGACGCCGUUUUGCGCGGCUCUGGCUGCCCUCGUCCGGGCCAGCAGGCCGCCGUUCCCGCUCCGCAAGAUAAAGCUCUCGAUCAUGUAUCGUGGGGAUGACGAGAUUGGGAGUAUCGAGCGCUUCGUUGAUGCGUUGAGGGAGAUGCUGCAGGAAUUCCUCGACGCGGACAGGCGAGUGGCAAAGCUGAAGAUUAAGGCGAGUCUGUACCACGAAGUCGAAUCGGAGGGUGUGGAUGGCCGAAUUGAUGAACUGCGCGGCCUGGUGGGGAGUUUGGACGUGAAACAGGGGUGGUAA